ACCACCCGCUGGAUACUCGAAGACUUCGUGGAUCUGUUGAAUGAAGUAGUCAAACGAGGUCUGGAUUUGAGGAUCUUUGUCCCAAACGGCCCAAUCGAGUGCUUUACCGGAAGAGGCUAUGAUCUGAUGCUGAGGAAUAUCUUGCUGGCUGAAAUUAUGCCUAUAGUGGAGGAAUUUGACCAGAGGACAAAUGAAGACACAGUGUAUGAGAUCAGGUUACAGGCAGCAGCAAAUAAUUUCAUUGCUGCAACCUCAAGGCUGCCUAGAGCCUCUGGAUGUUUCCCCCCCUGUGGUUUCCAGGCGCAAGGAGCUGUUUAUAACUGCAUGACCUGUCAGUUUGACUCUUGUGAGUUCCCGCUUGAUUGCCCCGUGAAGGAAAUCAAAGUAGAGGAGAACAACAGGACUCAGAUGUGGUGUGAGGUCCCGUUCCACUUGCCCAAAGAUGUAAAGAUAGUCUGGAGAUAUGCAAUGGAGAAAACAAUGUUGAUAGAUCAGUUCAAAGAAGUCACGGUUGGCAUGGAUCCUCUUUACUUCAUCCCUUCUGCUCGAAUGGAGCAUUCAGGCACUUACCAGUGUGAAAUUUUUUCUCAGGAGCACUCGCUCAUCCGUAUCUACUACUACCUCACUGUGGUCCCUCUGGUGCAGUUAGGUCAAGCAGAGCUUCAAGAUGUCUUUGAACAGGCUCUGCUCCCAGGAGGACAAUUUUCUCCACUGUCCCCUACUGUUCCAGUCACCUUGUUGCUGCCCAGCACUGACUUUCUUACCACCUGUCUGGCUGCAAUGCUCCUGCUGAUCUUCCUUAGUCUAGGGGUGCUGUAUUGGUUGUCCUAUAAAAGCGGGACCAAUGAUUCUGUUCCAGACCAAGACAAAAAAUACAUGGAAAAGAAGAAAUAUGUGAUUCACUGCUAAACCUGAGCCUGCUCCAUGGCAUGUCACAGCCACACCUGAGCAGUUGGACCUGGAGAUGGUUCCCACCCUUAUACCCACCCUUAGUUCUCCUGAGCAGGCAAGGGGAACUUUCGGCCCUCCGACCCCGCCUGGACCCUCCGAGCCCUGGACUUCGCC